UUAUUAUGCCUUCUAAGCUUUCAUCAGCGCGCAAACGCAGUAGACCGUCUCUCAACCGCCGCAAAGAGGUUGAGAUUCAAGACGACGAGCCAUCCGAUGAUUCAAUCCGCGUAAAUCAAAUUCAGCGCCCGCUCAAGUGAAUGGACAAUAUGAAGCCCGUCUUUCAACAUCAAAAUCCAACUCCAAGGCAGCAGAACCAAACACUUGCCUUCGGCGGAGCCAUCACCUGCCUUCCCGAUUAGUUCACGAUGCACCUCAGAGCACCAUUCGCCACUCUGGGGAAUCAGAGGAGCAUACGACAGCGUCUUUUGCCGAAUCCCGCAUGGCUCCUUCAGUGAAGCGGCAAAGGACUGAUGACGUCCAGUCCCGACUAUCUCAAACGUCUGGAUUAUUAGAUUGGAACGCACUUCUACCCUCUGGAAAUGAGUUCAAAGAAAGCUUGAAUGCUGCCUCGACUGCCUUGGCGCCAUCGAUCAAGAGCUUCGAGCAGCUUUUAACAUCUAUCAACGAUGAACACAGCAGACUUACCGCCGUUAAGGGCAGUCUCUCUUCCCAAAGGGACGAGCUAGCCAAGGACCAGAGAAAGGCUGAGGACGCUCUCCAGGAUGUUGAGACAUCAACAGCCACCGAGAAUCAAAUGCUCAGAGACCUCGAAGAUGUCUACAACAAAUAUCCAGGAGACAAGGAGCUUCUCAUAUUCCUUGAAAAGCGAAAGAAAACGAGCGAUGACCAUCAAGAGGUAUAUACCAUCGUCAAAAGCCAACUCGAUAAGAGCUCAGACAGACUUUCCAAAACCGAAAACAAGCUUGCGCUGGUCACCGGGAGGCUGAGUCAGCUCGAGGCUGAAAGGGCUGAGGUCAUGAAGGAGAAGGAGGGAGUUGAUAAGGCGGCAAAACAAUUGGUGGUUAUGUCUCGGUUCUUGGAACCUGGUUGGCAAGCUACUCUGGACAUGCUUGAGCAGGUUUCGGGGAUGACGCUCUGCGAACUGCCCUAUUUGUGGGGUUUUCAUUGUUAUGAGUGAUGCUUGAAGUUGUAAUAUUAGGGAUGUACGCUUUAUUAAGCUGGUGUUGGCGUGGAUGGGAUACCCCUAGUAGUUAAUAAUACUAUCAAUUGUAUUAGAGUUGAUCUUUCUG